CGUAGAUUCUGAAAAUAGAACGGCAAUACGAGGCGCCAACGCCGCGAAGGCUGAAGUACAAAUUGUACUUUGCCAUUGCUCCACUACACCCAGCGACAAUGCAGUGCCAGGCAUCGCUGGGACGGCGACAGUGGAUUCUUGACAAGGAUGACAAUCAGGAUGAGACUCUGACACACGGCUAGAACCUCGCAAAGUACGGUUCACCCAAUGUCAUCGAAUCGUUCUGCGCCUUCAUACGCCUCCCACAACCACUCAUUUCUUUCUUUGCUGGUCUGUUAGAAACAAAGAAUUCUAUGGUUCAAAACAGUCGGUACAAUGGUUCACCCAAUCAGAUACGCAAUCCAUGUGACUCACGAGAGCCGCGCCGCUGCCAAACCUGCCAGUGAUGCCUGCCCUUGGAACUGAAAUGUUCAACACGGGUUUGACCCCGGGAACUCACAAAGUGGUCAUGUGGCCCGGUUUCUCUUUCGCCUCCCCGCCACUGAAAGAAGAGAAAACAACUCGUUUCACCCGGGUCCAAGCCCAAUGGCACUGCAGGAGAUGUUAAUGUUGCUCAAUGCCAGCUUGUACGAGCCAAGAGGUGCCAUGAAUCAUGGACGGAUGGUUCUUGGUCCGCCAUGGCUGUCAGAGGCAAAGGUGACUCCACCCGGUCGAUCCGAUGCGCAGGCAUCCACUGUCAGGCUCAGGUCAUCAGGCAUCAGCCAGCCGCGCUCACUCUAUCAUUCUUGCCUCUUACUUAUGGUUCACAAGAACUAAGGUACACUCCGUUCAAUGGUAGGUCGCUAGCUCGCUAUGAACCACAGAAUUUGGCCGUUAUCCGGUACCAAGAGGUGCGGUUGGUUGUAACUCUUCCCGGGAUUCUGGGGUUGUCGGUACCGUUUCCUUCCAUUCCCACCAUUCCGCCAGAAAUGGUGGCGCCUGACCUGGGUAUCGCACGGACUUUGAUCAGUUUUGGCCUCAGGUUCCGCACAGCUGGGCUGUACUCACUCCUAAGCGCAACUGCAUCUUACCGGUCAAUGCAAUUGCGAUACACCCAACCAAGUCCGUCGUACGAGAGAGGCGUGUCUGAAGGUUGCCUGAUCUGAGACCUAAAUGACUCUGGUAUUGACUGGUUCGGCCAACCGAGUCGACCGAACCAUUCGAAGAAGACAGACUGUGAGUCUGAAGUCCCGACCCCGAGUCUUGGUGCACAUGUUGGCUGGGCGCGUGGACACGACAGGCACAGCCCAGCCUUGCUGUCUGUACUCGGUAGCUAGGGCAUCCUAGUCGGAGCCACGAGUCUCUCCUACACAUAUAUAUGUUAUGCCACACUGCACCUCGGCCCCAGCCCAACAUGGGAGAUGCUGACUACCUCACUAACCCUUGUGCCCUUGCCUGGUUGCAGCGGCACAGUUGUUCGUUCCUCAUCACCUCAGCGCCUUGCCCUUGACGCCCGUCGAAUACGCACACACAACAAGGCGCACACAGUCUCAGUCCCAUCAGUCUCAGUCUCAGCGUUCCAGUCUUAACAGUGCCAGUGCCAGCCCCUAUAAGCGCCCGACUAUCAAUGUACUAUACUUUGACAUUUCCAUCAUGGUUUUGACAUCAGCCACGAUAGCAACAACUACUUCUUCGUUGAGACACCACUAUCCGUUGUCACCUUCGCCCGAUUCUAGCAAUAGCAAUUUCUCACCUGAACCCGCCGUCAUAGGCAUUACACUUGACCACAAAGGUGCAAAGCUACGACUUGCCGCCAUGGCCGAGCAGCAACAACCAUACCAGGAGCAACAGCAGCAGCAGCAACUACCGCAAUACCAACGGUCUGAAAGCUUGGUCUCUGUCCCCGAAUUCACCCGACGCCGACCCCUGACCAGAAGCGUGCGGCGUACGAGAAACCCUCCUCGUAACACCGAUGGGGACAUAUACUGUGACCAUCCUGACUGUCACGACAGUAACCAGAUCUUCCAGCGAGUAUGCGAGUGGAACAAACACAUGGACCGGCACGAAAGGCCAUAUAAAUGUAUGGAGGUUGGAUGCGAGCUGACCCAAGGCUUUACCUAUUCUGGGGGCCUUUUGCGGCAUCAGCGAGAAGUCCACAGGAUCAACCUGACUUCGAGACGAAUACAGUUUUUCUUCUGUCCAUUUCCCGAUUGCAACCGGAGUAGCGGGGUAGGGUUCUCAAGACGGGAAAACCUCGAGGAACACAAGCGUCGACGCCAUUUUCCGGGCCGUCGCCGACCGGGAGAUGCAGUAAGUGGGAACUCUGCAGGGGGCUCCAAUCCUACGGGACAAAUAACACGACUGGAAGAGCUGGCACGUGAAGCCGGUUACAAACUGGAAGAGCGAGAUCAACAAGCCAGUCGAGAUACGGUGAUAGUUCCAAGCAACAGCACCCCACCCACCACCGCGGCCGCAACUUCGACUACAACGACUACAACGACGACAGCGACGACAGAUCCAGCUGACCAGGUCCCAAUACCUGGGGAUCGCCCAACCGUCAUCUCAAAUCAUUUUCAGCCGUCGAGCGCGACCGCCGCAGCCGCUCCAUCCACCGGCGUUACGAGCAGCAGCAGUCCGUCCACUCAUCUUCAGGAUGCGGGUCUGACAACCCAGCAGCAGCAGAUGCAACAACAGCAACAGCAACAGCAGCAACAACUCAUCCACCAGCUCCGUGAAGACGUGGGCAAAAAAGAAGACAUAGUUCGACGUCAAGCCUCUGAGAUUCUCCGGUUGCACAGUUUCAUGCAGGCGUUGCCGCCCCGGUUGGUUUAUGGACUGAUGCAGCGACAGCAAGCCCAAGGACAACAGCAGCAGCAGCAGCAGCAGCAGCGGGCCCGAACUCAAACUCAAACACAGACACAACCACAAGCACUACAAGGCUCAGCAACGGCAACGGCGACGGCGCCCCGAAUCAGCGAGGUGUUGUAUACGACGCCGACGCUGCAUACUCGUGUGCAGACGCAACGCGCAAUCACACCGCCAAAGCAAUACCAAAUGUCAUCGCAAAGAGCAGUAUCAUCAGCACCAAAGUCAGAUGCGGCUGAAGACAAGCAAUUCAAUAUCAAGCAAGAUGGAGGGGACUAGCAGGGCAAAGCACCAGCCCACAGCAUCAUGUGCAGACGCACACGCAGAUGCAGAUGCACUCACAGUCGCAAGGUGCAGUUCAGUCCCAUCGGCACCAAAGGCAGAUUCUCAUGCGUCCGAAGACAACAAAGUCAAUAUAAAGCGAGAUGGAAAUGGAAGGUUGAGCUGAAGGUGGAGGUGGAGGUGGAGGUAGGGUUUAUUAUAACAGGUUACUUGACUGUACGAUGACGGGGAGGUGGUACUAAGUGUUUGGUGUUGAUGAUGAGCAUUAAGCAAAGGAACUUGAUAUCCGGUUGGUUUUGGUAUCAAUGGUAUCAAUGGUAUGGAUUGGAUUGAAUUUGAUUCGCUUCAACAGGGACAAGAUGGUGAUACUGUACUAGUACGGGCGUUGAGAAGGAGUUUUGGACCCAUGUUUUGGCAAUACGAUUUGUUAUUCUCCUUUUCAUAUCCCGCUUGGUCUAUCGAAGACAGCUGCAUAUCUAGCUUGGUAGAUAGUAAUUGAUAGGUGUCCUCGUGUCUUGGUGAAGUGUACAGAGUCUGUAUACAGAUCGUAUCGAGUGCCUACUAUCAACCUAGAUACCUACCUAGGUACCUAAGCAUCUAACGAA